UGUCCUACUUUAGAAAUGUAGUAUCUAUAGUAGUGGGAACAGAAACAGUACUAAAAUUAGCAUCAAUAAUGCAACAGCAUGAAAACAAAAUCAAACCAACCUUCCAAUAAAAAAAUUGUAGCAGGGAAGAAAUUAUAUUUAUGACGCAGCCCUUCAAGAUGUAGGCUUCAGUCAUUGUUACAACUAUAAAACCUCAGCAACCUCAAUCUAUUGUAUGACAAAGCGCUUUCCAGUGUCCAAAAUCUAUUACACCUCUCUGAUUGUGAUCCUCAAAGAAAAACUCAGUACCUACCAAAUAAUUCAGCCAUGGGAGAAGUUGACUCAGCUUUCAUCCAAGAUGUUGAACACAGGCCUAAAUUGACCAUAACUGAAGCAGAGGGUAUUCCAGUGAUUGAUCUCUCAAUACUCAACUCUCCAGAUAUCUCCACUGAGAAAAAUCACAAGGAAUUGUCAAGUCUAGUAGCAGAAAUAGGUGAUGCAUGCAAGACAUGGGGAUUCUUCCAAGUGAUCAAUCAUGGGGUGUCCUUAGAGUACAGGGAAAAGAUUGAGUUGGGAUCAAGAAAGUUCUUUGCUUUGUCUAAGGAGGAAAAGAGAAAAGUGAAGAGAGAUGAGCUGAACUCAAUGGGAUAUUAUGAUACUGAGCUCACCAAAAAUGUUAGGGACUGGAAAGAAGUCUUUGAUUUUACUGUGGAGAAUCCAACUGUUGUACCGCUUUCUCAUGACCCUGAUGACAAGGAGCUCAAGGGGUUGCACAAUCAAUGGCCUGAGUACCCUCCAGAAUUAAGGGAUGUUUGUGAAAAGUAUGUUCAAGAAAUGCAAAAGCUGUGUUACAAGUUACUGGAACUGAUUUCUCUCAGCUUAGACUUGCCAGCAAAAAGGUUGAAUGGGUUCUUUAAAGACCAAACUAGUUUCGCGAGGCUGAAUCAUUAUCCUCCUUGCCCUAUCCCUCAUUUGGCUUUAGGAGUUGGUAGACACAAAGAUGCUGGUGCACUAACUAUUCUGGCUCAAGAUUAUAUAGGAGGGCUUGAAGUAAAGAGACAAACUGAUGGAGAAUGGAUUAGAGUCAAACCUACUCCUGAUGCUUACAUUAUAAAUGUUGGUGACGCUAUCCAGGUUUGGAGCAACAAUGAAUAUGAGAGCGUGGAACACCGGGUGGUGGUGAACUCUGAGAAGGAAAGGUUUUCAAUUCCGUUCUUCCUCAAUCCAUCACACUAUACUUGGAUAGGACCCUUGGAGGAGCUCGUCAAUGAGAAGAACCCUGCAAAAUAUAAGGCCUAUAACUGGGGAAUGCUUUUCACUCAUCGGAAGAACAGCAAUUUCAAGAAGCGUGAUGAUGAAAACCUUGAAAUUCACCAUUUCAAGGCUUGAAACAAAUCAAUAUUGUGUUUACCCAUAUUAUGGCUUCUUCAAGUAAACGUGUCAUGUGAUAUAAAUAACAAACUAGUGCAAAGAUCCUUUUUUAUUUUCUAAAAUUGGGGUAACUAAUAGAUUACCUGUUUUUCAUCUGACUAUUUGUAAUGAAAACACUGAAUCUCCUAUAAGAGUACCCCCAGCUAUAACUCAUACUAGAGGAAAUGUGAGAGAGAGAAUUGGAGUAAAAGACAAUGUAUUUAUUUUCAUCUCA